GAGCGGGGAGCGAGCGGCCGGACUUCGCUUCUCUCGGCCGCCGCCCCCGCACGGCAGCCGGGCGCCUCCUUCCCCCGCCCCGUUCCCGCGGCGGACGGAGCGCUCGGCCGGGCGGGGGGCGCGGGGUGCGCCCGCCAUGUUCGCGGAGAUAAACCGGCGGACGCUCGCGUUCCGCGGCGGCGGCCUCGUCACCUCCGCGGCGGCCGCCUCGGCGGCGGGGGCCGAGGCCUGGGAGCGGCAGGACCCCGAGGCGCUGAACGGGCGCGGGGCGGACGAGGAGGCGGAGCUGGAGGGGCUGGAGGCCGAGGAGCUGGAGGCCACCGCCGCCGAGGAGAAGGAGCUGCUGCUGCCCCAGGACGCGGCGUCGCCCCCCGCCGCCGCCGGCCCCAUGUUCGCCGAGAGGAACCGCCGGACUCUGGCCUUCCGCGGCGGCGGGGGGCUUCUGGCCGCCCACUCCGCCGCCAACAAUGGCUGCGAGGCCGCGGCCUGGCCGCGGAAGCACUUCAAUGGGCGGGGGGCGGACGAGGAGAUGGAGCUGGAGGGCGCGGAGGGACUGGAGACGGAGGGGCUGCUGGAGGGCAAGGAGCUGGUCCAGGACGGGGGUUCGCUGAGUGACAGCAGCGACGACGAGGAGGACGGCGAAGGGGGCAGCCUGGGCGAUGGCAGCGGCGCCGAGGGCGGCAGCUGCAGCAGCAGCCGGCGGUCGGGGGGCGACGGCGGGGACGAGGCGGAGGGCAGCGGCGAGGGGGAGAGCAUCCGGCACUUCCCGCUGGCCAGGCCCAAGUCCCUGCUGCAGAAGCUGCACAUCUCCUUCCAGGGCUCCUGGCUCAAGGAGUUCCCGUGGCUCUACUACUGCCAGGAGACCGGCCUCAUGUCCUGCGCCUGGUGCACCGCGGCCGUGGCCGCUGCCGCGCCCCCCGAGGUGAUCAUGUCCGGCGCGCCCCUGCCCGGGGGGCACGACGAGCUCUGCAAGGGCACCCGCAACUACAAGCGCACUCUGCUCCUGCGGCACCACCUCUCCGCCGAGCAUCGCCUCAACGAGCCCGGCAGCGCCGAGCAGGAGGCAGAGUUACCAUCAGAACUGAAUAAUGAAGGAUACUGUGAUUUUAACAGCAGGCCAAAUGAGAACUCGUACUGCUAUCAGCUCCUGCAAGAGCUCAAUGAGCAGAGGAAGAAAGGCAUUCUUUGUGAUGUUAAUAUUGUGGUGAGUGGGAGGGUCUUCAGAGCUCACAAGAACAUCCUGGUUGCAGGCAGCCGCUUCUUUAAGACUCUGUAUUGCUUUACAAACAAAGAAAGCCGUAACCAAACCACUGUUACCUAUUUAGAUGUUGUUGCUGUUCAAGGUUUUUCUGUCAUCUUGGACUUCUUGUAUUCUGGUAACCUCGUGCUUACGAGCCAAAACGCCAUUGAAGUGAUGUCGGUGGCCAGCUACCUUCAGAUGACCGAGGUUGUCCAGUCCUGCCGCAACUUCAUUAAAGAUGCCUUAAACAUAAGUAUAAAAUCGGAAGCUCCAGAGACUGUUGUAGUGGAUUACAACAGAAGAUCUGUUAGUAGGGAUGGUUUAUCUCCUAGGGAUCAAAAAGUUGCCAGCUUCUGGGCAACACGAAACCUUACCAACUUGGCAAGUAGCAUAAAAACUGAGAAUGAUCCCUACCCUAUUGAUGACGGCCAAAUGGAAAGCUACCAAAUGAAUGACUGCAGUUGGGUCCAGGACAGCUCACCUGAAAUGGCUGAAAAUGAAUCUCAAGGUGAGGGAAAAGUUUUUGUGUGGAAUGACAUGAGUGCACAGGGACAAUCAGUUCAAGAACCUGGAAAAGCAAGAAGGAAAAACCAAACUGCAAAGAGAUUUAUUUAUAAUAUACCACCUAAUACUGAAGAGAACUCUGAAGAUUGCUCAGUGUUGCAACCGUCAGUCCCAUAUCCAGAAGAAGAUUUGUCAUUUAUUAAAGAAGAAGCAGCUACUUCAAGUGACUUCAAGUAUGGACUGUUGCCGGGUACUUCAAAUGACUUCAAGUACGGAUUGCUGCCGGGUACUUCAAGUGACUUCAAGUAUGGGCUGCUACCGGGUACUUCAAGUGAUUUCAAGUAUGGAUUGCUGCCAGAGUCUUGGCCAAAAGAAGCUUGGGAAAAUGGUGAUUCCUCUGCUUUAAUCAUGAACAAGUUGAAGUGUCCACACUGUAAUUAUGUAGCCAAAUACAGAAGAACACUAAAGAGACACUUGCUCAUUCACACAGGCGUGAGAUCUUUCAGUUGUGACAUCUGUGGGAAGCUGUUUACACGAAGAGAGCAUGUAAAGAGACAUUCCUUGGUGCAUAAAAAGGAUAAAAAGUAUAAGUGUAUGGUGUGUAAGAAGAUUUUCAUGCUAGCAGCCAGCGUUGGAAUAAGGCACGGAUCGCGACGUUACGGAGUUUGUGUAGACUGUGCAGAUAAAUCUCAGCCCGCAGGGCAAGAGGGAGCAGACCAGGUGCAGGACACAGAUUUCCCUAGAGAUGAAGAAUACGAAGAAAAUGAAGUGGGAGAAGGCGAUGAGGAGCUUGGUGAUGAUGUAGAAGAACAGAAUGACCAGUCUCGAUGGGAUGAAGGCGGGGAAGUUUGUAUGCCUUUAGAUGACUGACAGAGCAUAUGACUUCAGGGUGCUGCAGGUGGACACUAUGGAUUGACUGCUUGAAUUUUUGGACUGAAGGCUUGCGAAAUAUGGUACAGGCUGGAUGGUAGUUAUGUUGCUGUGAAAAUGUAGGGUCAAAGCCUUAUAGCAAAAAAAGGAUUAUUAAUUUUUUUAUUAUAUUUGCACAGGACUGUACAGCAUACAACCGUUUGGUUGAAUUAUACAGAGUCCUCACAUCUACAGUCAACUAUCAAAAGAAAAAUGUAUUUUUUAUUAUUUAUAGGCUAUAGCUACUUGGGUCCUAUUCAGACAUAGUAGUAACUGUAAUUAUGUUACACAUUCAUGUACCUGUUAACAUGAAUGAAGAAAAUUGCAAUUUGGUAUGGAAAUACAAAGAGAGCUUUCCCAAAUCCACUUGUACUUUUGUCAGUGAGUCAGUGAAGCUAAUUUGGGCUAGUGGCUCAUUUUCCACAAGCAUGUCUUUGCCAUACAAACCUUACCUCUCCUGUAAUUUGAUAGGUGAAAGCCAGUCUUUUAAAUAUGUGUCACAGAUAUUGCCAACAGCGUAUUGAAAUUUGGGUUGAAACCUUUUGGCUCUGUGCUGGCAGGUGCUAUGGGUGAUAAGCACUGGAGAAGUUUUUAAUGGCAUUAAUUUAGUGUCUGUUUUUAAAGAAGGUUGUUGUUGAUUCAUCAAUUUUAAAACGAUAAUGCAGAAGAAAUGACCAGUAAUGAAAAUAAUAGACUGAUCAGAGCAUGGGUAACUCUUGUGCCACUUAGUCAAAAGAGACAGUCAUGCUAAAAGGUAUCUGAUGUAAUAAUGUUUCUUCUCCCUUCUAAGGCCCCCCUUCUCUCAAAAUUUUUUUGUUUCCCUGGUGUAUACCUCAGUCCCACAGAAUAAAAAUACAAGGAAUGGAGAAAGUGUCAUAUUAAAACAACUUUUUGGUCAAUAAUUUCUUACUUGUCCGUUUUUUGGCUAGUUUAUGUGAUGUGAAUUGGACACUAGGGUAUUGUGCCCAUCGUUCAUCAUUGAACACAAACUAUUUUUUAUUCUUUUGUACUUCAUGGGUUGUUGUUAGUAUUUAAUAUAAACAAACUACGUUUAACUUGCUCAUUUGCUGGAUUUUUUUAAAGAAAAACAAGUCCAAAGCAAAAUAAUCUCUUUGAGUUGUCUACUUUUCAGGAGGAUAUGCUCCCUAUGCUCUUUGUUUCAGAUUUUCUAGGAGGCAUUGAAACUUGAAUUUUUGUAGCCACGUAGUUCUUUGUUGUUUUUUUUUUUUUGAGGUUUUUUUUGUUUGUUUUGUUUGUUUUUUUUUUUUUCCUAAGCUUGUAAUAUUGUACCAAUGAUUUCAGGCCCCUUUCAUAGGGAGGGGAGGGCAUUACACCUUCACCUUAAAUUCCUCUGUGUUGUCUAGCCUAAGGCAAGUUUAUUCAGGCAAUCAUUGGAACAAUAAGUCUGAUGUACUAUUAUGUCACAGUGAGUAAAUAUGCAGAGCAUUUGUCAUGACACAUAGCUAGGCCAGUGUGACAGUACUGUAUAAAAAACAAUUGAGGGUCACCAUAUUUUUCAACUUUGUUUCAUUUUAAAAUGAAUAUAUUUUUUCCUUUUUUAUGUCAGGUAACUAAAUUAUGGUAGUUGUGUGGAUAACUUUGAAUUAUGCUUUGAUGGACAAAAUCUUACUGGUGCUCCAUCUGAUCAAAGUCGGUAUGUAUUUAAAGAGACAAGCUUUACUGUUGUCCAUAGAACAGUAAUAUAAUGUUAACACAUUGUUUUUGCUGAUUGAAACUGAGAUGAUAAGUUUGAGCUACAGUUAUAUGGGAAUUAAAAUGGUUUUUUUCUUUUUUUUUUUAUCAUCCACUUGUUUCAUUGGUAGUUUCCACAUCAUUGUAAACCUGACAUGAAUAGUCUUUUGGGGAGGGUGGGGAGGGCGGGGUACCUUUUUUUACACUGAAAAUUACAUCUUAUUCUCAUUGUUCUAGACUGAAAUGAGUAAUGUGUAAUUCUGGUGGGGUCCAAAGUAGAAAUUAGUUGGGCAAAGAUGAUAUGAAUGAAAAAGUAUUUUAAACGUUAAAGUAAUGUUCUGCUUUGUGAAUAUGUAAGUAUAGCAUAAAGAUUUUCCAUCCCAUUUAUCCCUUUUAAAACCAUAGUUUACAAUUGGUAGAUCUGUCUAUAUAUAUAAAUAUAUAUAUAUAUGAAAUUCACCUAAAUCUGCUUUAUUAGAAUACUGCUCACUUAAUGCUUAGAAACUGGACCUGGCUCUACAUUCUUAAUGUAUUUUCCUUUUUUUUUUCUUCCUUUUGUUUUGUUGGGAUUUUUUCCUCAAGGUAUGAACUUAUUCUCUUGGAACUGAAUCUUCUUUUACUUACUUAAAUCAUUUAUGUAUAUCUGGUAAAUUAUGACCAAAUUUGUUGUUAGACUGCAUUACAGUAAAUUGAAAUAUACACUUGGUACACUACAGAAUUGUUGUGCUUUUGUUCUGGUUCUGUUUGGAAAAGCAAGCCUUAGUAAACAUUUGUGUUAUUUAUAACUAUUCAGUUAUUAUUCACUGGCCUUAAUAUUCUGUUGCAUUGUGACAAUCAUAAUUUCCUUGGUAAAGCUUAACUGCUUGCUUUUAGAAGUUGCAUGUAAUUGCCCACAGUAGGCUGGAGAGAGAGGGAUGACUGUCUCUAGCAAAUGGUGUGGAAUACUUCAAUGAAGGUCCACUUUUCUUGUCUUGGUGAACCAUAAGAAUUCAGAUGCUAUCUCCAGUCUGGCUUUUCUAAAUUGUUUUAUUUAGCAGUUAUUUAAAAUAUGUUACCUUGAUUUGGUAUAGUUCUAAAUUAAUAAAACAAAACUUCUGAAGGAUUAGCUCUUGAUAGACAGCUCAAGUUUAUUCACUGUUAUAAGAAUUAGAAAGAGAUUUCUCUUUGUGCAAGAAAUUCUUUCCCUCAAGAAAUGCUGAAGUUGUGCUGUAGUAACACAGCAACGGAUUUUGUCUUUUUUGAGAUUUUUUUCCCACUUUAAAAGAAGACUGAUAAAUGUCAUAUUUAUCAAAUGAAAAGACAUUCAGUCUUUCACUUUGUUUUCUGAUGAAAUAAUUCUCAACCCUAUGCAAUUUGUGUAUUUGGAAAAUGCCAUGCAAGUAGUUUUAUGAAGAGAAUCAUGUUAUUAAAACAAACACAGUUUGUCUGAUGUUGGGAUUCCCCCUUUCACCAAGGGUUUUUGUUUGCUUUCUGCUCUCUUCAAGCAGUAGUCAGUAUCUUUCAGAGAUAAUCAUACAGAGCAGUUGCUGGCAGGGCACUGUGAUGCAGGACAAAAUUUAAAUUAGUAAGUAAAUUCACUUUAGAUUCACAAUUAGAAGUUCUGGUCAAAGUAGGUCAAAUUAUGUAAGGAAGACACACAACAUAAAAUGUUUGUCUUAUGUCAGUGUUACUGUCAGUGCAUUAGAAAGCAUUUUUCAAUUGCAAUGACAGAUGCAUUUUGCAGGAAGAACGGUAUUUUCCAAUUACUUAGACAAAUUUUGUAGUUCAGCUUCCAAACAAUCCUCUAGUAAUUUUUGCCAUGAAACCAGUUUUGAAAGCCAGAAGUUGUAUUUCCUUGUCAGUAUGCAUCCUAAGAAGUAUGAGUUGCAAUUACUUGUUCCCAUAGUAUACACCUGGUUUUUGAGAUGUGUAGCCUUCUGCAAAUGCAGUUUUCAGGUAUCACUACAUGUGACUUCUCUUUCUUCUGACAAGAAUAAGCAUUAUCAAGUGAAGAAAAGUUGGGGGCCAGGACACUGGCAUGAGGUAUGCUCCUAGUUGUGGGUCACAGCAGUCACGCUGUUGGCAGAAGAUGCUUUCCUUGCCUAGCUUUAAGUUGGUAAGGCUCUUAAUAGGAUUUGCUUUAAUGAGGCCAAUCUCGGUUGUUAGCUUGCUUUUAAGUUUUGUUUCACUUGAUUUGUCUUGUUCUUGCCAGUAACACAAGUCUCCCACCUGUUCCAAAAUACUUUUGUAGUCUGCUGAUUCCACAUAGAUGCAAAAUUCACUUUUGAAAGUAUGGUACCUUGUUUGCUGUUCCUUUUUUACUUUGUUGUAUUUAAAUGGCUUUAGAAACUGAAAUGAAAGCAAGACAAUUGACACCACCACCAGCCCAAAAAACUUGUGCCAAAAAGGAGUAAAAUGUGGAGUGCAAUGUGAUAAGAAAAAGGCUGUUAACAGAGUUUGCAUUGUUACAACUCCUCUGGUUUGUUACUUGAAUGUUUUGGACAAGUCACUGUACUUUUCUCUAGCACUAUUUGGUGACAACCUUCUGAUGAAGAAGCUAUGCAAGAAGUCCAGUUUUGAGUUUAUUCAGUGUCUUCAGAAUGUGGUUCAGGCUCUGCAGAGGUAGUGGCACUGAGUAUCUUUCUAUAGAUAUUUUACUGUAGAUCCUUCUGUUAGCAUCCUUCACUGUGUGAUCUGUUACCCAUUUUUUAUUUGAUAAACAUUUGCUCUUUUGCCUUUUAUACAUUUUAAUGGCACGUUAGUGUGCAUUGCUGAACAGUAUGGUAAAGGUUAAAUAUUGACACAAUGCAUAAAGUGAAAUAAGUUGGUUUUCAUUUAGUAUCUUUUAACAAACCUUUUAACAAACAAAUCUUUUAACAAACAAAAUAAUUUGUUUGUAAUAAAGAAAAUACAGGUUUGAAAUCCAGGGGAAGGGGUAUUGCUGAGCAGAACCCCUUAACAUUAAAGAUUCCAUGUAUAAUUCACCAUGGGUUUUAAAAAUAAUUUUUUUGUGGGGAAAAACUUAAAACUACAUUCGAAAGAGCCUAUGACUUAAACUUGAAAAUAAAAUUGGCUUAUGAAGUA